AUGGUCGCCAAGGCUGAAGUAGAAACGAAAAAGGAAGAGAUGGAGAAGGUAGUCGUCGAAGACGGAUCCGAUGAUUCUGAUGAUGACGCUCCCGGACUCGAUGGUGAACUUACCGAAGAGCAGAAGAAAGUUGCGGAAGCCGCCGGGCUUGGCGAUCAGAUGGACAAACAAGUAAAACAAAGCCGCUCAGAGAAAAAGGCCCGCAAACUGUUUUCGAAGCUUGGCUUGAAACCUGUGACUGGCGUAUCCCGUGUCUGCAUUCGCAAGUCCAAGAACAUCCUCUUCGUUAUCAACAAGCCCGACGUAUACAAGAGCCCCGGAUCCGACACUUACAUUGUGUUCGGUGAAGCGAAGAUCGAGGACCUUUCGCAGCAUCAACAAUUGACUGCUAUUGAUAGAAUUAAGCCUAGCGAGGAUACUCCAGCUCCACUUGCUACCGUUCAAGAAGACGAGGAUGAUGGCACUGAGGAGGACGCUACCGGUAUUGAGGAGAAGGACAUUGAGCUGGUUAUGUCCCAGGCCAACACCUCCCGUAACAAAGCGAUAAGAGCGUUACGGUCCGCCGACAACGACAUUGUGAAUGCGAUCAUGAGCCUGACUAUGUAGUAGUUGCCAAGUGAUACUCAGUGAAACCUUCUUUGUUCUACUCUUUCUUUCUUUUUUGUUACAUGUUGUUGCAUGUGCACAAUUC